AUGGAUUCCAAAGAUUCACCUACCCCGGCGCUGUCCGUGCAGCUCCCGAAUGAGCCUGUGACCCAUAAUAAAACUGACAGCCCCUUGGAGCCGAUAGCAAUAGUUGGAUUUGGAUUGCGACUACCUGGGGCAAUUCAUACCGGGGAAGAACUCUGGAAGCUUAUCACAGAGAAGCGAUCCACGCGAAGUAAGAUCCCCCAAAGUCGGUUUAAUGUGAACGGAUUCUAUAGCCCAACUGGACGGGCAGGAUCGGUCACGAUGAAACAUGGACACUUUCUCGCCGAGAGUGAUAACCUGAAAUAUUUUGAUACUUCCUUCUUCUCGAUGAGUCCAAAGGAGGCGGACGAUGUUGACCCCCAGCAACGGAUGCUGCUCGAAGUUGUCUACGAAUGCAUGCAAUCCUCAGGUCAAGUGAACUGGCGCGGCAGCAAAAUUGGUUGUUAUGUCGGAGUCUGGGGCGAGGACUGGUUGGAUCUCCAUGCCAAGGAUAUCCAGGAUGCAGGCAUGUUCCGAGUCCUUGGGGGGCACGAUCUGUCCCUCUCUAAUCGAAUAAGUUACGAAUACAAUUUGGAAGGACCCUCUUUCACCAUCAAGGCCGGGUGUUCAUCGUCCUUGAUUGCUUUGCAUGAAGCUAUCCGAGCGAUUCGUGCGGGCGAUUGUUCCGGGGCACUGGUUGCGGGUACGAAUCUUAUUUUCUCGCCCACAAUGUCCAUUGCCACGGCGGAGAAAGGUACACUAUCACCUGACGGUUCGUGCAAAACUUUUGAUGUGGCAGCGAACGGAUAUGCCAGGGGGGAAGCUAUCAGUGUCAUCUAUGUCAAGCCCCUUGGAGAGGCAAUCAAAAAUGGCGAUGCAAUUCGUGCCGUCAUCAGGGCGACUGCAACUAAUUUCGACGGCGAGACCCCGAGAAUGGCAACGCCCAGCUCUGAAGCACAUGAGGCAUUGAUCCGUCAAACAUAUCGAGAAGUGUCGCUCGACCCUAAGCAAACCGUUUUUGUCGAGGCUCAUGGGAUAGGUACACCUGUGAGUGACCCUGUCGAAGCUACGGCAAUUGCACGAGUCUUCGGAGGUAAUCAGGAUCCAGUCUACAUUGGAAGCGUCAAGCCGAACCUGGGUCACAGUGAGGGCGCUUGCGGGGUAUCGUCUGUUGUGAAGGUCAUACUAGCGUUGGAGAACAUGAAACUUCCCCCGAACAUAAACUUCUCGAGUCCGAACCCGAAAAUACCCUUCAAGGAGGCUAACAUGGAGGUCCCAGUCGACGUGAUGAAAUGGCCGUCCCAUAAGCCGCUGAGAGCGAGCGUAAACUCCUUCGGUAUGGCGGGAGCGAACGCACAUGCAAUCCUCGAGAGUGCUGCACCUUUCAUGUCCCAAUCUACUACAUCCGACGCCGAUAGCCAGGACUCGGAGGCAAUCUGUGGAAAUUCGAAAUCGCUUCCGCGUCCUCGGAAGUUCAUCCACGUAAUAUCAGCAGCACACCCAGUGUCACUGGCACAGAGCCUACUCGAGCAUGAACGAUAUAUUCGUUGCAAUGCAUCUUUGAUGGCGGAAAUUUCAUACACUUUGUGCAAUCGACGAGAACAUCUAGCUAACAGAGUCUACUGUGUCACCAGUGCAUCACACGAUGCCUUGGUCUUCUCUCGCUUGACCAAAAUCAAGGAGACGCCCACGAUAACAAUGGUCUUCCCUGGUCAAGGGUCCCAAUGGGUAGGAAUGGCUAAAGAGCUGAUAAUUGACUAUCCCUCUUUCGACGAAGACAUUACUGAUAUGGGCGGCGUAUUGGCCAGACUGGAACAUGCCCCUUCUUGGAAUCUCAGAGAAGAAUUGUUGGAGCCAGAACGCACUAGCAACCUAUCCAAGUCAGAGUACUCCCAGCCGCUAGUCACGGCUGUUCAGGUGGCAUUAGUGAACCUUCUUCGUCAAUGGGGCAUUUGGCCUGAUGCAGUAAUUGGUCACUCGGGUGGAGAGAUCGCAGCCGCUUACGCUUCAAAGGCAAUCACAGCCGAAGAAGCAAUAACAAUCGCAUACUACCGUGGGUACUUGACCAAAGGAUAUCCACGGCCGGGUGGGAUGGCCGCUAUAGGGCUUGGCUAUAAGGAAGUCGCGCGCUAUUUGACUCAAGGGAUCGUGAUAGCGUGCGAAAAUAGCCCGCAGAGUGUUACGCUAUCAGGAGAUCUCGAUGUCUUGGACAAGGCCUGUGAAGCAAUCAAGAGAGACGAUCCGGGGUGUUUCGUUCGUAGGUUGAAUGUGGAGAUGGGGUAUCAUUCUCACCAUAUCCUGAACAUUGGCGAAUCGAUUGAGUCCUUCUUGUGCCAGCAUGUCCACAGCAAGGCUCCUGUAGUGCCGUUUUUCUCGAGUGUUUAUGAAAAGAGAAUAGACGGGCCAGGUCGUUUAAAUGCGGGCUACUGGCGAGAAAACGCGGAAAAGCCUGUCCUAUUCUAUGGUGCUGUUAAGGAUUUGAUGGACAGCGAAGGAUCCACCGAGCAUCUUUUCCUCGAGAUGGGUCCACAUGGUGCCCUCAAAGGGCCGCUCCGACAGAUUUCCCAAGAAGCUAACCGGUCUAAAGACAUUUACGUCGCAGCCAUGACAAGAGGCAAGGACUGCACCGAAUCCAUACUUCACAUGGUCGGGGAGCUAUACUUGAACAAUGUAUCAGUGGAUUUCCAAAAGAUCUGCCUAGCAAGGCGCUUGCUCACUAACCUGCCACUAUACCAGUGGCACCAUGAGAAUGAGUAUUGGUCCGAAAGCAGAAUGUGCAAGGAGUGGAGGUUCCGUGAAUUUCCUCACCACGAAUUACUGGGCUCUCGCACCCUGGAGGGCAACGACCUACGACCCGAAUGGCGGAACAUGCUUCGUUUAGAAGAUGUGCCAUGGCUUUAUGAUCAUCGAAUUAUCAAUGAUACCGUAUUCCCCUGUGCAGGCUACCUUGCAAUGGCAGUGGAGGCCAUGCGACAGAUCUCCUCAGACGACCGUUGCACCUUCCGGGAUGUCAUGGUGCACACAGCAUUAAUACUGGAUGAGUCCAAGACAGUUGAGAUGAUCACGAAUCUACAUCCUAUCCGGCUAACCACUAAGUUGGACUCUGAUUGGUGGGAAUUCAGCAUGAUCUCGUUCAACGAGACUGCCUGGAUCAAGCACUGUGUAGGCCAGAUCCGAGCGGGAGGCACGCAUCCUACGUCAAUACCGUCCUCUUCCCAGCAUCCCCGGUCAGCCAACAGCCUGUAUGCAAUGAUGAAGAGAAUCGGUCUUAAUUAUGGUCCAUGUUUUCGAGGGUUGACUGAUGUGACUUGUCUACCGGGUAAGAACAUGGCUUCUGCCAGGCUAGUGGCAACUACGGUAUCUGAGUCUCCCUAUGUCGUUCACCCAACAACCAUAGAUCACUGUCUUCAACUAUUGGUUCCAGCAAGUUGUGGCGGUAUUUACCGUCGCAUAUCCCAUUUAUGUGUUCCAACAAGGAUCGAGCAAAUCUAUAUCAGUGGAAGCAGGAGUUCCACGGAUGCGGUCGUCGAGGCUGCUGCCACAACUAGCUCUACCAGUGCGAUUUCUGGAAAAGUGGUAGCGAAGUCCGAAGAAGGCAUUUUUCUGUCUCUAGCGGGAGUCAGGUAUUCCCCUUUGGAAACAGAUUCAAUAGCGGACAAGCCUGAUACGAUCGGGGCGGCUAAAUUACACUGGAAGCCCCAUCUUCAACUGAACAUGAUACAUUUCAUGAUCAGAACCAGUGAGAGCUCAAGAAAAUGCUCAACAAACCUUGAACGACUGGAAAAACUGGCACUUCCGUGCAUGGUUGAGAUAGGCCAUCGGACAUUCCAUCUGGACUGUGACAUCAAGCACCUACAGAAGUUCCGCUCGUGGAUUGGGCUCCAAAUAGUUAGGGCAUGGAACAACAAGUACGAUUUGCUUCCAAACGCAGAGGAGAUGUUAUUUCACAGCACUGAUGCCCGGCUCGCAUUAAUUCACGAGUUGAAACACCUCGUGUCGCAAACUGACGCUGGAAUCGUAGCCGAGCUCAUCACCAGGAUUUUAGAUAAUUGCAUUGCCCUCACCCAGGGGCAAGUGGACGGUCUGGAAUUACUCCAAGCAGACAACGGACUUGGCAAGUAUUAUAAUUUCGCCGAGUCUAGAACAAACUCAGUCAAGUUCUUCGCUUCUGCAGGUCAUACAAAUCCCACCUUGAGGGUGCUCGAGAUUGGGGCUGGCACCGGAAGCGUCACGGCAACGGCCCUGCGAGGUCUAACCACAUCCUCUGGCCCGGAGUGUGACCGCCUGUACUCGCUGUACACCUUUACUGAUAUUUCCGCUGGGUUCUUUCCCGCGGCGCAGAAAAGGUUCAAAGAAUAUCAAGGACUGGAAUUCAAGACGCUUGACAUCACGAAAGACCCAAUCGAACAGGGUUUUGAGGCUAAAUCAUACGAUUUGAUCAUUGCAAGCAAUGUUCUACAUGCCACUCCCAUAAUCCACGACACUCUGGUGAACGUGCGAAAGCUGCUUGCUCCCCGAGGCUACCUAUUUUUGCAAGAAUUAUGCCCAACGAUAAAGGCUACGAGCCUAAUUAUGGGAAUAUUGCCAGGGUGGUGGCUGGGUGAGAAUGAUGGGAGAGUUAAUGAGCCGUUCAUGCCACCCCACAAGUGGGAAUACGCUCUGAAAUGGGCAGGGUACUCUAAGUCUGCCGAAGUCUACGACGGUCCUCGCCCAUAUCACAUCAACGUCAACAUGGUCUACCGGCCUGUACAAGAAAUCCUACCCAAUAUUCGUCGCGUGACUGUACUCCACAAUGUCGGACAGGAUAUCGAGGAUCUACUAGAUACGCUAACGAUCCGUGGAUAUCAGGUCGACUUGAGCACACUUCAAGAUGGACCUCCACCGGGUCAAGACAUCAUCUCAGUUCUGGAGCUCGAAGCACCGCUCUUCGCGAACAUAUCCCACGAAGAUCUGAUAGCCUUCCAGAAAAUGGUGGCUAGACAAGGGAACAGCAAGAUACUGUGGCUCAUUCCGGCGGCCCAAAAUGAAGUAAGCUCAUCACCCGAGUUUGGCCUCACCCUUGGCCUCGCUCGAACGCUACGAGCAGAGAACUCUGUCUCAUUCGCAACUCUGGAAUCAAACGGGCUCAGAGACCGAUUCGGCCUACAUAUUAUAAGCAUAUUCGAAAACCUUCACAGCCAUGAUUCACUGGGAUCACUCGACGCAGAUAGCGAGUUCUUCAACCGUAAUGGGACCAUUCUAGUAGGACGAUUUUAUCCGGCCUCAGUGGCCCACGACCUGGCACUCACGGCAUCCAAGCCUCACGCUGCUAAUUUGGCCAUCAGGCGCCCCGGACUAUUGCAAACUCUACAAUGGAUCCCUUUGCCAACAAGAGAACCUGAGCACGGUGAAGUGGUCAUUCAGCCGCGUUGCGCAGGCCUAAACUUUAGAGACGUGCUUUUUGCCAUGGGAGUUCUUGAAGAUAAAGAAACAAGUAUUGGGCUGGAAGGCUCCGGUGUGGUAACAGACGUAGGUACUGGAGUAACGGAUCUUCACAUUGGCGAUCGAAUCAUUUACCUCAGCAAAAAUUGCUUUGCGACCCGUAUCACGAUUUCAGCUACGAAAUGCGCCAAGAUCCCGCAAAGCAUUUCAUAUGAGGAAGCUGCCACUCUGCCUGCCGUCUAUGCUACUGUCAUCCACUCGCUUCUAGACGUCGGUGAUCUACAGAGCGGCCAGUCAGUGCUGAUUCACUCCGCAUGUGGAGGCAUUGGGAUCGCAGCCUUGAACAUCUGCCAGAGCAUUGGUAGAGUCCAGGUUUAUACAACUGUCGGAAACGAGGAAAAGGCUCGUUAUCUUACAGAAGCCUUCAGCAUCCCUCGCAGUCAUAUCUUCAAUUCUCGUGACACCUCCUUCCGAGAUGGUCUCCUUGCUGCUACUGAAGGCCGUGGUGUCGACCUGGUGCUCAACAGCUUGUCGGGAGAGCUUCUACAUGCCUCCUGGCAAUGCGUAGCUCCAUGUGGUAAAAUGCUUGAAAUAGGAAAGGAAGACAUUAUUGGAAAGGCCCAGUUGAACAUGGGUCUCUUCGAGGCAAAUAGAAGCUUUAUUGGUAUCGAUUUGAAUGGACUUGACACUUCGAAGCGUCACCGGCUACUUGUCCGUACCCUUCAAAUGCUCGAAUCAGGAGACAUCAAGCCUAUUUCACCCAUGACAGUCUUCUCUGCCGUUCAGAUUGAGGACAGCUUCCGUUACAUGCAGAAAGGCACGCACAUGGGGAAGAUCAUCGUGACAAUUCCAGAGGGAGGCCAGGACUUACCACUAGCUGCAACUACUCCUGACCUGACUCUAAGGGCCGAUGCCUCUUAUCUUCUUGUUGGCGGGAUGGGCGGCCUGGGCCGAGCAAUCGCGACCUGGCUCGUCGAGAGAGGCGCCAGACACCUCAUCUUCUUCUCCCGAUCGGCCGGAACAUCAGAACUGGACCGGCGAUUUAUUGAAGAGCUAGAAUGUCAGAGUUGCAGUGUCCAAACCAUUCAAGGCAGUGUCAUAAACAAAGAAGACGUUAUGAGCAUCGUCCAAGUCGCAAAGAAACCAAUCAAGGGGGUUCUCCAGCUGUCAAUGGUACUUCAAGACAAGCCAUUCAUGGAAAUGGAUCUCUCAGACUGGACCGCCGCAAUUGAGCCAAAAGUCCAUGGAACAUGGAAUCUACACCACGCGAUGCCGGAAGUUCUGGACUUCUUCUUCGUUGCUGGAUCCAUUAGCGGGUCCUUCGGUUCACCAGGCCAAGCAAACUACACCGCAGCCAAUGCAUUCCUCAACGCCUUCGUCCAGUACCGCAGGAGUCUAGGUCUCCCCGCUUCAGUCUUACACAUCGGUCUCAUGGACGACAUUGGCUAUCUAGCUAGAAACAGUGACAAAGCAGAUGCUCUUCGCGCCGCGGAUGGGUACUUCCUCAGGGAGAAGGACCUCUUGGAUUCACUCAAUUGGGCCAUUGUCAAAUCCGCAGUGGAUCCAAUGGAAGAUGGAUCAUUAACAAUCGGGCUACGCUGCGACAAGCCUCUCUCCGAUCCUUCCAAUCGUAUAAUGUGGAGAAAGGACCCUCGCAUGGCAAUCUUUCACAACAUAUACAAUGAGGCGCCAGCCAAUAGCAGUGGUGGAAAAAGAGAGACCGACGUGCUUAAAAAUUUCUUAACGUCCGUAGAAGCAGAUCCGGAAACAAUGCUUAAUGACCCUGCUUCAGGGGAAGUAGUAACACAUGAAUUGGCUGUCAAAAUUUACACCUUUGUGCUACAGCCAUUGGAGGAUCUAGAUGCUGGAGUAUCACCAGCCGCGCUGGGCGUCGAUUCUCUUGUCACUAUCGAGAUCAGGAAUUGGAUAGAGAGAAGUUUGGGCGGCAUUGAGAUCAGCACAUUGGAGAUUCUGAAUGCGGGGUCUAUUGCUACUUUAGGGAUGUCGGUGAUAGAGGCGCUGAAGAAGAAGUUCGUUUCACAGAUUGUGAGAGCGGAAGGGGGUGCGUAA